AUGAAGAAAAGAGAGAGGAAGACUUUAUUCACUAUCUAUCAAGGAGUAGAUGAAGCCGCUUUUGAGUUGAUUGCUCUAGCAACAACGUCACAAGAGGCUUGGAAGAUAUUGAAAACAUAUGAUGGAGUAGAUAAAGUAAAGAAGAUUCGUCUACAAGCUCUACGAGCUCAAUUUGAAGUACUACAACAAGAGGCUUCAGAAACAAUUUCUGAUUAUUUCUCCCAAGUUAUCUUUAUUGUUCAUCAAAUGAGAAGAAAUGGCGAGGAGCUAAAAGAUGUUCGAGUCAUUGAAAAGAUCUUAAGGUCUUUAGACUCAAAGUUUGAUUUCAUAGUUGUGGCGAUCGAGGAAUCAAAAGAUUUGGAGGUGAUGGCUGUGGAAGAGUAUAUGGGAUCCCUUCAAGCAUAUGAACAAAGAAUAUUGAAGAAAAGUGAAGGAAGAACUUUAGAGCAGGCACUCCAAACCAAACUAUCAUCCCAGCAGAAUGAAUCAUCAAGAGGAGGUCCUCAACGAGGAAGGGCUUCUACAUGGAGAGGAAGAGGUGGUCGUACUUCUAACUCCAAUUGA